UUUUCAAUGGAGGCUGUUCAAGCUGCUAAACAAGUUGGAUAUCCUGUACUGGUCCGUACAGCUUAUGCAUUAGGUGGUCUGGGCUCUGGAUUUGCACAUUCUGAAGGCAGAUUGCGAACAUUAGUUACACAAGCAUUAGCUCGAUCACAUCAAGUUCUGAUUGACAGAUCCCUUAAAGGUUGGAAAGAAGUUGAAUAUGAAGUUGUGAGGGAUGCUUAUGAUAAUUGCAUUACAGUUUGCAAUAUGGAAAAUGUAGAUCCAUUAGGAAUUCAUACAGGAGAAUCUAUUGUUGUUGCACCAAGUCAAACUUUAACAAAUGAAGAAUAUAAUAAACUCAGAACUACAGCAAUCAAAGUUGUUAGGCAUUUUGGUAUUGUAGGUGAAUGCAACAUUCAGUAUGCUUUAAAUCCUGAGCAACAAGAAUAUUAUAUAGUUGAAGUUAAUGCCAGGCUAUCCAGAAGUUCUGCUCUAGCAAGCAAAGCGACAGGUUAUCCUUUAGCCUUUUUUGCUGCCAAACUUGCUCUUGGAAAGUCUCUUCUUGAGUUACGGAAUUCUGUCACCACUACAACUGCAUGUUUUGAACCUAGUUUAGAUUACUGUGUGGUAAAAAUGCCUCGAUGGGAUUUAGGGAAGUUUCCUCAUGUGAGCACAAAGAUUGGUAGCUCCAUGAAAAGCGUUGGAGAAGUAAUGGCAAUCGGACGGAAAUUUGAAGAAGCUUUUCAAAAAGCAUUACGCAUGGUGGAUGAAAAUGUUAUUGGUUUUGAUCCUUAUGUUAAAGAAGUGAAUGACGAAGAACUAGAACAUCCCACUGACAAACGUAUGUUUGUAGUAGCUGCAGCAUUAAAAAACAAUUAUUCUGUGCAAAGACUUCAUGAACUCACAGAUAUUGACUCAUGGUUCUUAAAUAAAUUGAAAAAUAUUAUAGAUUUUCAAAUAUACUUGGAAAGUCUUAGGUCACAGAUUAAAGCUAAUGAUAUAACAGUUAUUACCAGUGAUGUUAUGUUGAAAGCUAAACAGAUUGGUUUCUCUGAUAAACACAUAGCUGCUUGCGUUAAAAGCUCAGAAUAUGUUAUCAGGAAACACAGAGAAAGUGUUCUGGGAAUUAAGCCUAUGGUAAAGCAGAUUGAUACAGUAGCUGCAGAAUGGCCAGCUACAAUGAAUUACCUGUAUCUAACAUAUAAUGGAAUAUCCCAUGAUAUUGAAUUUCCUGGAGGAGCUGCAAUGGUCUUAGGAUCAGGAGUUUAUAGGAUUGGAUGUUCUGUAGAAUUUGAUUGGUGUGCUGUUAAUUGCGUGGAAGAACUUCGGAAAAUGAACAAGCAAACAAUUAUGGUAAACUACAAUCCUGAGACUGUUAGUACAGAUUAUGAUAAAUGUGACAGACUUUAUUUUGAUGAAAUAUCUUUUGAGACUGUCAUGGAUAUUUAUAAUAUAGAAAAUCCUGAAGGUAUUAUCCUUAGCAUGGGUGGUCAGUUGCCAAAUAACAUUGCGAUGGAUUUAUGGUUACAUAAGGCCAAGAUACUAGGCACUUCUCCAGAAUCUAUAGACAGUGCAGAAAAUAGAUUCAAAUUUUCAAGGAUGUUGGACAAUAUUGGUAUUUCUCAGCCUCAGUGGAAAGAAUUAACAACUUUAGAGACUGCUAAAGAAUUUUGUACCCAAGUUGGAUAUCCUUGUCUUGUACGUCCAUCCUAUGUUCUAAGUGGAGCUGCAAUGAAUGUUGCCUAUUCCCAUCAUGAUCUGGAAACCUAUUUAACUGAAGCUACUGCUGUUGGAACUGUUGUUGUUAUAUCAAAAUAUGUGACAGAUGCAAAAGAAAUUGAUGUUGAUGCUGUUGCUGAUAAUGGGCAACUGAUUUGUAUGGCUGUUUCAGAGCAUGUUGAAAAUGCUGGUGUCCAUUCAGGGGAUGCCACUUUGGUAACACCUCCUCAAGAUCUCAAUGAAGAGACAUUGGAGAAAAUUCGAUGUAUCUGUUAUGCAAUUGGGAGAGCUUUAGAAGCUAAUGGCCCUUAUAACAUACAACUGAUUGCAAAGGAUAAUCAAUUAAAAGUCAUUGAAUGUAACCUUAGAGUAUCACGGUCCUUUCCAUUUGUGUCCAAAACUUUGAACUGUGAUUUUGUUGCUCUUGCUACUCAAGUAAUCAUGGGUUUGAAGCCAGAUCCUGUAGAUAUAAUCAGCUGUGGACGUGUUGGAGUUAAGGUACCACAAUUUUCCUUUUCUCGUUUGGAUGGUGCUGAUGUGACUCUAGGUGUUGAAAUGGCAAGUACAGGAGAAGUGGCUUGCUUUGGAGAGAAUGUUUAUGAAGCAUAUUUAAAAGCUUUGAUUAGUACUGGCUUUCAUAUACCUCAGCGAGCAGUUCUUCUUUCCAUAGGUAGCUAUAAGCACAAAGAAGAAUUAUUACCAUAUGUUAGAAUACUGCAAAAUAUGUCAUUGAAAUUAUAUGGCAGCACUGGAACUGCAGAUUAUUAUUCUAUGAAAGGGAUUUCGAUAGAACCUGUUGAGUGGCCUUAUGACAAUAAAGGGGAAAGUCGAGGUUAUUUGAAAAGCAUAACAGACUACCUUGCCCAAAAGGAAUUUGAUGUUGUUAUUAAUCUCCCAACACACAGUGGUGGUUAUGCAAGGGCAUCACAUGGGUAUCAGACUCGUAGGAUGGCUUUGAAUUAUGCAAUUCCUUUAAUAACAGAUGUAAAAUGUGCUAAAUUGCUUAUUGAGUCGCUGCAUAGGAUUAAAGGUGAACCAUUAGUGAAACCUUAUAUAGAUUGCCUUACAGCCAGUCGUAUGGUUACUCUUCCUGGACUUAUUGAUAUUCAUGUGCAUAUGAGAGAACCUGGAGCUGCAUAUAAGGAAGAUUUUGCUUCAGGUACUGCUGCUGCAUUGGCAGGUGGUGUGACAUUAGUGUGUGCUAUGCCAAAUACUAAUCCCCCUGUUAUUGAUAAAGAUUCCUUAACCCUUGCACUUCAGAAAGCUAAAGCUGGUGCCAGAUGUGAUUAUGCAUUAUUUGCUGGAGCAACUUCUGAUAAUUUUGAAGCUUUGCAGCAUAUUUGGACAAAAAUAAUUGGCAUAAAGAUGUAUUUAAAUCCAACUUAUGGUCCACUACAGCUGCAUUCCUUGGAAGUCUGGAAGAAGCAUUUUGAAAGUUGUCCUCCUGAUUUACCUCUCUGUGUUCAUGCUGAAGGUUCAACAGCUGCUAAAGCUAUUUUGUUGUCAGUUUUUACUCACAGGCCUAUCCAUAUUUGUCAUGUAGCAACAAGAGAUGAGAUACUGCUUAUCAAAGAAGCUAAGGGGAAAGGUUUACCUGUAACAUGUGAAGUCUGCCCUCAUCAUUUAUUUUUAUCCAUUGAAGAUUUAUCAACUUUAGGUGAGCUGCAAGGGAGAGUAAGACCGUCUUUGGCGACAAUGGAUGAUCAAAAUGCUCUGUGGGAAAACUUAGAUGUCAUUGAUUGCUUUGCUACUGAUCAUGCUCCUCAUACUCUGGCAGAAAAGACGAGCGAAGCUGCACCACCUGGCUUCCCUGGUCUUGAAACAAUGCUUCCAUUGCUCCUAACAGCUGUAAACGAAGGAAGACUUACAUUAGAAGAUUUGGAGAAUAAAUUGUACCAUAAUCCAAGAAAAAUUUUUAACCUACCAGAACAAAAAAACACAUAUGUAGAAGUAGAUUUAGAUGAAGAAUGGGAAAUACCUUCCAAAACUUCUUUCAGUAAAGCUCAAUGGACACCUUUUGCGGGUCGCAAAGUUAAAGGCCAAGUAAGACGUGUGGUAUUGCGCGGAGAAGUUGCAUUUAUAGAUGGCCAGAUUUUAGUUGAACCAGGAUUUGGGCAAAACAUUAUUAGUUACAAACCAGAAGCUGAAGUAAAAGCUCGUUCACCUUUGCAUAUCAGAACUGUAUCACCAGCUGUGCCACCUGUACCAUCUCUGCUUUCUCCUGCUGGUGGAAGAACCACUCCAGCUCCCCUGCUAUUUUCCUCUGACCAGGUAGGAGCUAAUUUAUAUGGUCCGGAGAUUAUUGUACCAACUGCUUCAUCAGCUGGAAUACAUUGGUCUCCAAAAAAAUCAGCAACUCUGUCUAGUAAAGUAAUUGGAAAUGCAAUGUCUUUCCUUCCAAGCAUGAAAUCUGUAAAGAUGCCAAAACAGGCCUUACAUGGUGGUGGUACUUAUAUUGUAGGAAAUAAAAUGCAUACUCAGACAAUGCAGGAUUUUAUAAGCGAUGUGUCAAAACAACUUAUAAAGGAAGUUGAGGAACCUUUAGUUGUGGCUAAACAUAAACCUGUUGAUCCACAUAUUGAUUUAAAGGGACCUCUUUCAUAUAUCCCAAGUGCUUCACCUUCUGCACUCCUAGCAGUUCCUGAAUUACAAGGAAAGCACAUCCUUAAAGUUGAUAUGUUCUCCAGAUAUGAAUUGCACAGGCUUUUUGAAGUGGCAAAAAAUUUCAAAACCUUAGUGAAAAAAGGUCCUUUGGACAUCAUGAAAGGCAAAGUGAUGGUUAAUGUUUUCUAUGAAGUAAGCACUCGAACUCGAGUUUCAUUUGCUGCUGCUAUGGAAAGACUUGGUGGUAGUAUCAUAGAUGUUAAUGAGACCUUUUCUUCUGUAAAGAAAGGCGAAUCACUAGAAGAUACUAUUGCAGUCUUAUCAAGUUACAGCGAUGUAGUUGUGUUGAGGCACCCAGAACAUGGAGCUGCCAAGCGAGCUGCUACUGUCUCUUCUAAACCUGUAAUAAAUGCAGGAGAUGGAACAGGUGAACAUCCUACUCAAGCUCUCCUUGAUGUUUUCACCAUCAGAGAAGAAUUAGGCUCUGUCAAUAACUUAACAAUAACAUUUGUUGGAGACCUUAAACAUGGUCGCACAGCACAUUCUUUAGCUUGCCUUUUAACAAAUUAUGCUGUUCGAUUGUGUUAUGUGUCUCCUCUGCAACUAAAAAUGCCAGACUCUGUGAUCAAUUAUGUGAUGUCUAAGACAACUCCUCAGGAGGAGUUUUCCAGCCUAGAAGAAAUUUUACCUCAAACAGAUGUAUUAUAUAUGACUAGAAUUCAAAGGGAAAGGUUUCAGAAUGAAGAGGAAUAUAAAAAAGCAUGUGGACAUUUUGUGAUUACUCCCGUAUUGAUGACAAAUGCCAAGAAGAAAAUGAUUGUCAUGCAUCCUCUUCCUCGUGUUGAUGAAAUUAGCACUGAUUUUGAUAGUGAUCCACGUGCAGUAUAUUUCAGGCAAGCAAGAUAUGGAAUGUUUGUGCGUAUGGCACUUCUGGCUUCUGUUAUUGGACAUUAGACAGAUUUUUCUAAAAUGCUACAUAAUGCAACUACCUGAUAAUAAUUGUUGUAUUACAAUGACUGCAUUCAUUUUUCACUUUUCCUAAUUCUACAUUUAUUCUUGAACAAUGUAAUAAAAUGAUUACUGAAUACUGUUGUGCAAAAUAAUAAUAUAUAUUUUUAAAUUUAGAAAUAGUUCAGCAUAAUAUUUAAAAAAAUAAAAAAAGCUAUUUUUAUACUUCAGAAGUAUUGAAGUUUUUAUGUUUAGAAGACUUGUUAUUUGAAAUGUAUCUUUUUCUUUUUUUUUGUUAGUAUAAGUUUUUAACCUGAGGGAAUUAUUACUUUUCUGCAAGAAGGGAAUUGUCCGACCUUCCUGAACUUUAAAUUGCAUUUCUUUUUCAUUUUUGAUUAAAAAUAGCAUAUAUUUUCCCCUAGUUGUUAGUAGUGUGAUAUGAAAGUAGUGCCAAAAGUAUGUUGAAUUUCAAAUGUAUAUGACUUCUAUUAAUUUUUAUUAGAAAAAUUUUAAAGGAAAAAUAUAUAGGUAUUGUUUUUAUAUUUCUGAGCCAAUACAAAUUUUAUCAAGCUAGAUAACACAUAGUACUCAAGUAAGUGCUUAUUUUUAUAUGCCUGUUAUUCAAGUUCUUAUGUUCAUAAAGUUUUAAAUAAUGAGUCUUUUAAUUGUUCUUUUAUUGUGUAUUAAAUGUAGAAUGGGCAUUUUUAUGUUACUGUAAAUGCAUUUUUAUAAUUAGAAUCUCAUAUUAUAUGAUUUCCAUAAUCUAGUAGACCUCAUAAUUUUGAUUUGAGAAUCAUCUGUUGUUAAAUUUACUCUCAUAGUUUUUUUUAAAUGAUGAAGGUAACAUAUUACACUUUUAUAUUUUACUUUUUAAAUACUCAGCUUUUUUUAUUUAAAUUUUAAUUGAAAUAGAAAACUAUUAAAUACUUUUAGGAAAUUCUUUUAAACUUCGUAUUGCAUAAUUUAAUUUGAAAUACAAGUGUAUAAAAUAGUGCAAAAUAUUAAAUUUAAUGUAAUUAGGUCUGUUGAUAAUAAAUAACUGCUAUAGAACUGUUAUUGGAUAAGUAACUAUGUGUAUGGUGUAAAUAAUCUGUGAUGCUGACAAUUUAUAAAGAAUUUUUAAUUUUUUUGCUGAUUUAUGUUUUGUAAUAAGAUUUCUAGUUUCUGUUAGACUUAAAAUACAUGAAUCUCAAAAUUUUUUCAUUUAUCAUAUUUAUUACCAUUCCUUUUAGUUGAUAUACUGCAAAUAUGAAAGUUGUAGAUUAUUAAUAGGACAUAGCAUUAUCUAGUGCUUAAAUAAGACUAAAUAUAUAAUGGGGCAUUUUAAUGCCCAGUAUGUGUAUAUGUUCAUUUUCAAUUGAUUUAUCAAUAAUGUUUUUAAUUUUGAAUUUGAAUUCAUAUUUUUAUAUUUUUAUAAUUUUUCAUUUCUUCAUAACUGCUUUAGAUCAAGUAAUUAAAACUUUAAUAGUAUGAAUUAAAAAUGAAAUAAAUUUUUUCAGGAAUAAAAAUUUUUGUAUCCAUUUAUUUUACAAAGUUUAUCACAAUCGUUUCGUUGACCACCACAACACACAACCAAAAAAAAAAAAAAAAAAAAAAAAAAAAAAAAUGUUAUUGUGUUUCAUGGUGAAUAUAAAGUGAAAUUAAAAAUGAUUAUGAAUAUAAAUUAUGAGUUUAAAACUAUGAAUGUAUGUAAAAGGAAUACUAUAUAUAUAAGCUAACUGAAAAUUAUUAACUUUAAUUUUUUUCAUUAUUCCUUUUAAUUCCUCAUUUUAAUUUGUCUGUCUUCUCUUUCUGUUCUAAGUUAUAAUUUUUUUGGACUGGCUGUUUCCAUUUCAUGCUUAUUUACAUAAUCUUCUUGCAUUGUGACAGCUCAGAUUCAGUUACAGAUGAAGAAUUUAAACAAAGAAAUAAAAGUUUAUAAGUACUACUCCUACUACUGCACAGCUCUUUUUUGACUUCGUUUUGCUGCUGCUAAGAUGUAUCGCUUUGCUGCUUCACUUUGUCUUUUAUGUAAGAAGGUGUAAACUGUUCAAAAUUUUGGCAUGCAUCUUGCACCCAUAAAUGAUGCUGUGUAAAUCUGUGUAUGCGUGUUAAGGCCUAUUCUGUUAUGAAAAUAAAGUAUGUGUUCUUAUCUAUGCUAA